AAAGGGGUAAACAAACUACAAAAUUUUACAUUAAUGUGUCCAAAUAGACCCUUUCCGGGUAAACGCGUCCAUUUUGAACAGGUGGCAAGUUGGACUUUGGCCCUUUCAGUUUGCUUUGAAAAGUCAAUGGCGGAAGUCGCACGCUGUCUAUUCUUACGCAAAGAAUGUCAAAUACCAGAUCGUACGAUGACUUUUUGUCACUCAGUGUUGUAGCAUUAAGAAGCUUUCUGUCAGUUCGUGGAAUACCGUCAUCUGGUUAUAGCAAAGUGGAACUUGUUGCAAGGGCCUUCUCUGCUUCAGAGAUGAAUUUGCCUAUCAUAAUGUCCAGUGAAGAGCAAACAUCAACUCUAAAGAAGGAUUAUGAAAGCAAAUUAAAAGAAUUGGGACUGCCUGACCCAUUAAGUAUUGGGAAAGAGAAAAGGAUUGACAACAUAAUGCUAUGGCCUAAAGUAAAUCUGGGAAAUAUCUUUCAAUGUAUCCUUAGCACCAGGGAUUUUGAUUCUGACUAUAUAGGGAAAUAUAAAGAUCAGAAGGCCUAUAGCUAUUUUGACAGUGGAUUUGUUGGGGAGAUUUUAAUUUAUGAGCCUAGCACAAAUGUUAAGUUUCUCUACUGUGAUGUCAGAGCCUCAAUGGCAGUACACGAAUCAAAAGAAUUAUGGAUUGCCACCAAAGAUGAUACAAUCAUCACUAGCUGGUGCUCUUGCAUGGCUGGUAGCAGUGCAUGCUGCAAUCAUGUAAUUGCUACACUUUAUAAGGUAGAGUAUGCCACAAAUCAUGGAUAUAAUGACCUGGCAUGCACAUCCAUGCCUUGCAAAUGGAACCAGUCAACAAAGAAGGAAAUUGUACCUAGAAGAAUAACAGAGAUCGUGGUAAGGAAAAAAAGCAGAACAAAAGUUAAAGAAAAUGAAAUUGUACGAGAAGAAAGACGUUUGGAAGCUUUGCAGAAAUUUGAUCCACGGCGGCCUGCUCAUUGCAAGAAAACAGAUGAAGAUGUAUCAAGCCUUCUUCAGGAUCUUUGGAGAACAAAUCAAAAUGCUGUUCUUUUUAAAUCAAUUGAAGGCACAGAGAAUGCAAGUAAUGCGACACAUGACAUGUUAACAAUUGCAAGCAAGGUAAUAAGUAGGUGUGAAGACAAAACUGAUGAGGAAAAACAAAGAGAAUUUUACAAAGAGCUCAACAUCACUGAAAAUGAAAAAAGGAGGAUUGAAAUAUCUACUCGUGGUCAAGCUGAUUCUAAAGCAUGGGUAAAUGCAAGAAAGGGACGGAUUACAGCUUCUGUCCAUCAUGAGGUCUUUACUAAAGUGAAUUCUAUUGCAAGAAAAAGGGUACCCCCUUUGCCAAAAGUGACACCCUUAAUUGCAAAGCUCAUUUACAGAGAUAAGACACUUAACUCUAUUCCGGCAAUACAGUGGGGACAAGAGCAAGAGCAAAAUGCACUGAAGUUGUUUUAUUCUGUCGAGGCGUGCAAACAUCAGGAUUUUAAACUUCAAAGCUGUGGAUUGUAUGUUGAUAGAACUCAUCCAUAUAUUGGUGCAUCCCCAGAUGGAAUCAUGUAUUGCAAGUGUCAUCAAAAAAGUGUAAUAGAAAUUAAGUGCCCAUACAACAUCAAAGAGGAAACCAUUCAGGCUGGUGUUGCAAAAUGUAACUUCCUAACAGUUAUUGAUAAUAAAAUAACUUUAAAGAAAUCUCACAAAUAUUACACACAGAUUAUUUCCCAAAUCAUGCUCAGUGAUUCCCUGCAAGGAUUUUUUGUUGUCUGGACAAAGAAAGACAUUUUCAUUGAGACCAUUGUGAUUGAUAAAGUACAUUGGAACAAGGUGUACACAAAUUUACAAAUCUUCUUCCAACAGUAUGUUGCAAAAGCUCUGCUUGCAAUCAAACCAGUAAAGUUUUGUGCUGAUUGUGAAAAAGUCCUUCUAACAAAAGAUGAAAUAGCAGAAGAUGAAGCUAAUGAAAAAUCUAUUUGUUGUGAUCAAUGUAGCAGUUGGUACCACUACAAAUGUCAAUCAAUUAUCCACAUUGACAAAGAAAUUAACUGGCUAUGUUGUAACUGUUUAAUUGACAUUCCUCAAAAUAUUUAA